UUCAGAAGUCAGCACUGCGAUUGAUGUCGUUUGCGACAAGCCAAGAGAAUAGGCAGCAACAACAGGAAGAGGUCUUUGCCCUUCAGGCCAUUUUUGGAGAUAGCUGCGAAGUCCUUUCUGAAGAACGUCUGCAGGUCCACGUCCCAGACAAGGACAAUCCCCACAAAUUGACUCUGCGGGUUCACUUCCCAGAGACCUAUCCCUCCAGUGCAGCGCCUGUCUUUGAGCUGUAUGGUGGCUGUGCAUCUGACGAUGAGCGUCGGGUGGCAGCGCAAGAGCUGGAAAGGAUGUUUGAGCCAGGAGAGGUGGUACUGUAUUCAUGGGCAUCAAAAUUGCUAGAGCAGCCACACCUGUGGGAAGCUCCGCCGGUUGAAGAGACACCCGCUAAGGCAGAGAAAGAGCCAGACUGGCGUCAAGCAGCAGCUCGCGCAAGGGAAGCUGCAGAAUAUGCUGAGGCGGAGAGGCGAGCGCAGGAGACUUGGGACAUCAUCAAGAGUGCGGAGCCUUUCACAGAACGCAAAUCCACGUUCCAGGCGCACCUGGCCCCUGUAAGGUCAAUGCAUGAUGUGGAAGCUGUGAUGUCUGCCCUACUCACCAACAACAAAGUCCAGCGCGCCACUCACAAUAUCAUGGCAUACCGGAUACAUGUGCCCGACAGCAACACCCACCUGCAGGACUUUGAUGAUGAUGGUGAGAGCGCAGCGGGGAGCCGCUUGUUGAAGCUGCUGACGAUUGUGGGAGCUGAGAAUGUGAUAGUGGUGGUGUCUCGCUGGUUUGGGGGAGUCCUGUUGGGUCCUUCCCGCUUCACGCACAUCAACAAUGCUGCACGAGCAAUCCUGGACGACUUUGGGUACAUCAAGAAGGUGGAUGGCAAGGGCACAGGGCGUGCUAAGCGGGCUAUGUAGCCCUGUCAAGUCACAUCCUUUGUGCUCUCCGCUGUUGACAAUGCAUGUCUCUGAAUAUUGGGAUGUGAGUAUUCUAAAUGGAGCAAGCCCUUCAAAUGAUGUUGCAACAUUAGUUUAAUCAUGGUAGUGC